AUGGGUGGAUAACGUUCUCUAAGUCCAUAAUCAAAUUAAUAAUAAGUUGAUAAAUUGAAGUUAGCUUAAAUUGCAAUCAAAAAACGAACAUCUAAACCUAAUUUCUUUACUACUUAUAGAACACAUGUUAUAAUAUCAAGUAUUAUUAUUAAUUUAUUUAAAUAGUCAUUGUUGGAAUAAUUAUAAUUGCAGUCUUAUCAUUUAAUAAAUAAAUAAAAGAAUACAUUAUCAUUAAUUAAUCAGAAAUUAAUAGUCAUAAUUCUCAAGGAUAUCCUUAUACUUUAGGACCUAAUGAUUUCUUUUAAGUAAGUUUGAUUAUUUAAUUAGAAUGUAACAUUGAUGUAAGCUAAAACUUUGUUUAAGAAUGAUUUCACAUAAUAAAUUAAUGUAGAAAAAUGUAAAGUACUUAUAAAUUUCGAAAUUCCAAGCUAUUUCAAUUUUAAAGAAUCAUACCCUCAUUGCUCUCAUAAUAUCUACAAUUAAGGAAAUUGCUCUUCAUCUUAUUCUAUUGCUGUAUCUUCAGCUUUUUCAGAUAGAGUCUGUAAAGUGAAUUCAACAUAAUAAUUAUCAGCUUAAAACUUGUUAUCUUGUGAUGGUAAAUUAAAUCAAGGAUGUAAAGGAGGACAUAUAACAAGAUCAGCUGAAUAUAUUAUUAAACAUGGAUUGACUAAUAAUGAAUGUCAUCCAUUUAGAGGUGAUGAUAAUUUCCAAGAAUGUACAAAAGCACUUGAAAAAUGUUAAAGAUUUAAAGCUAAUUCAUAUUGUUAAUUAUUAAAUAAGGAUGUAUUUAUAGAUAUAUAAAUUUUAGGAUAUAAAAAGAGAUAUCAUUAAUAAUGGUCCUGUUGUUGCUAUUAUGUAAGUUUACAAAGACUUUUUGGUUUAUAGAGAUGGAAUUUAUUAAGUCUUAGAAGGAAUACCUAGAUUUCAUGGAGGACAUGCUGUAAAAAUUAUUGGAUGGGGAGAAUAAAAUGGAUAUUAAUAUUAUAUUAUUGAAAACACAUGGGGUAAAAGUUGGGGAAUAGAAGGAAUAGCUAAACUUAGUAUAGAUGGUUUUAUAGAUCUGUCUUUAUAAACAUUAUCAAUUAUUUAUUGAAUAAUAUAAUAAAUUAUUUAUAUUUUUUGAAGUUAAUAAUUCAAAUAAAUCAAAAUUCAAAUGAUAAGAACUCCUUCUCAUUCCUUUUAUAUGAGAAAUUCUCAUAAUUAAUCUCAUUCACCAAUACCUUAAUAAAAAUUUAUUACUCCAGAAAAAUUAGUAAGAGUUAGUGGAAGUUCAGGUGUAAAAAUGAAUUCAAUUUAAAAAAAUGGUACAAGAAUUAGAAGUGAAACCAUAGAAACUGUUAAUAAGAUUAAGGAAUAAUAAAAGUUAUAAGAAUAUGUAUAAGAAUUUGAAUAUUGUAUUAUUUAUUAAUAAAGACUUAGAAUUUGUUUAAUAAAAGAAUGAAGAAUAGUAAUAAUUAGAAUUAAGAAUCUUAAUGUUAUUACAAAAGAAUCAUGAUUAAGCAUAAGAAAUGGAAGAAUUGAAAUAGGAGAAUGAAUAAUUAAAACAACUUCUAUAUGAAUAAUAGACCAAAAUAGUUGAGUAAAGUUAAGAAAUCUUAGCAUUAAAAGUUUAUAAAGAUGGAUUAAAGAAAUUAAGUUUUAGUGAUUACUUUCGAUAAUAGAAUAUAUGAG